UCUCGUGUACGGACACGGUCAGAAAAGCUCUCCAGGUGAUAUCCUUAACGUUGCUCACAUCAAAAAUAGGAUAUUGAUAUGCAGCUAGUUUUUUUUUCUGUCAGAAUUGACACAACAAUAUGGCAAUGGCGACUAUUCUGAUGAGCCGAGUGUCCACCAUUUUUUUGCUAUGCAUUUCUGACCUGGUUUCCGAACACCUUCGCUACUCGAUUCCCGAGGAAAUGGAACGUGGAACCUUUGUUGGCAACGCCGCUGACGAUCUAGGAUUAAAGGUUUGGGAGUUACCGACUCGCAAAUUGCUGCUGGUUUCUGAUUACUCGAAGAAAUACAUGGAGGUAAAUGUAGAAAUUGGUUUCCUGUUUGUUAAUGAAAGAAUCGACAGAGAACAGCUUUGUAGCAAAACCGCUGCAUGUUCUCUCUCUUUCCAAAUCACGCUCCAUGAUCCUUUGGAAAUGUAUCCCGUUGAAGUGGAGAUACUAGACGUAAAUGAUAAUUCACCCGUCUUUUCCAGGAAGGAAUUCUAUUUGCAAAUCAAUGAGUUAAAUGCGCCGGGCGCUCGCUUCCCUCUCGAGAGUGCGCGUGACCUGGACGUGGGUACAAACACAAUCAACACAUACCAGAUCAAUCCGAACGAGCACUUCGGUAUUAAAGUGCAGACAAGAAGAGGGGGGAAUAAAAAUGUCGAGCUGGUAUUAAAGAGGUCUUUGGACCGUGAACAACAGUCAAUGUUUACUCUGGUAUUGACAGCCAUCGAUGGUGGGAUUCCGCAGAGAUCAGGCACAGCGCGGAUCAUCAUUAAUGUCAUGGACGCAAAUGACAACACCCCCGUAUUCGAUCAUGAAACCUACAGGGCGUCAGCGGUAGAAAACAUUGCGAAUGGCACUUUAGUGCUAAGAGUUCAUGCUGCUGAUAUUGACGAAGGGACAAACGCGGAGAUAACAUAUUCCUUCACUCAUUACGUUUCCCAGAAUAUUCGUGAUUCGUUCAAAUUGGAUCCUGUGUCUGGAGAAAUCAGAGUUCGAGGUGUACUAGAUUUUGAAGAAACAAAUGUUUAUGAAUUUGACGUCGAAGCAAUGAACUCUGCUCCCCCUGAAUUGUCAACUCUUGCAAAUGUUGUCAUCGAUGUCAUUGACACUAAUGAUAAUAGUCCUGUGUUGCAAGUUACGAUGGUGUCCGGUGCUGUGCGGGAAGAUGCUUCUUCGGGAAUUAGUAUAGCACUGAUCAGCGUCACGGAUCGCGAUUCUGGCGAAUAUGGGGAAGUUCAUUGUCAGAUCCCAGAGAAUAUUCCCUUCAAGAUUGAAAAAUAUUUGAAGGGCAACUACAAGUUGAUUACCAAUGGCUUUCUGGAUCAUGAGAUUACCCCACUGUACAACAUCUCCAUUUCAGCCUGGGACGGUGGAUUUCCUCCUCUUUCAGCAAGUACAUUAAUUGUGGUUUCAGUAAUUGAUGUCAAUGAUAAUUCACCAAGUUUUACACAGUCGUCAUAUAACGUGUAUCUGAUGGAGAAUAAUGCACCCGGUGCUUCUAUAUUUGCUGUUAGUGCAAAUGAUGCUGAUUUGAAUCAGAAUGCGGAAAUCUCUUAUUCCAUUGUCGACAAUCGACAGAAGGAAGAAAUACCUUCCUCUGCGUACUUUACAAUGAACUCCAAAAAUGGGAACAUUUACGCGCUUCGCUCCUUCGACUACGAGCAACAGAAACAUUUCCAGGUGAAAGUUCAAGCUCAGGAUGCUGGGUCGCCUCCAUCGACCAGCACUGCCUUCGUGAACGUUAUUAUUUUGGAUCAAAAUGACAAUGCACCCAUUAUUGUUUCACCUUUAACAUGGAACAACUCAGCAACAGUGGAGGUAAUACCCCAUUCAACACAUCCAGGAUAUCUGGUCACCAAGGUAGUUGCCACGGAUGAAGACUCUGGUCAGAACGCAAGGCUUUCCUACGAGUUAUUGGAAACAACUGAUCCUAGUCUCUUUACUGUUGGACAUCUCUCUGGAGAAAUUAGAGCAACGCGAGCAUUUAGUGAUCAAGAUAUCUUUGCCGUGCGCGUAGUCCUCUGCGUGAAGGACAAUGGGCAGCCGAGCCUUUCCAGCAGCGCCACAAUAUCCUUUAUCGUAAUGUCCAAUGUUACUGAGAAAUCAUUUGAACAACGUGAUGAACCCAGACACUCGGAUUUUUUUUCAGGUAUAAAUAGUUAUCUAAUCAUAAUUUUCGGAUCCACUUCCUUUUUGUUUCUCAUAAUAAUAUUAUUUUUGCUCACCCUGAAGUGCAGACAAGAUAGAAAUACUACUGAAGUAUAUAGCUCUGCAGUCUGUUGUUGUAAUGGGAGAAAUUCGACUGAUGGCAUUAAUCGGACACCAACAGGAAGGGAUCCUUUGAAUUAUACCGGGGCAGUUCAGACCGGAAGUUAUCAUUACAGUGUGUGCUUGUCACCGGAAUCAUCGAAGAGUGACUUUCUGUUUUUAAAACCUUGUCAUUCUACGUUGCCUUUCAACGAUCGGAGUGUUCGUGACAGCAACGCAAGAAGACGCAUCAGUAUGACAAUGGCCACUAUUCUGAUGAGCCGAGUGUCCACCAUUUUUUUGCUCUGCAUUUCUGUCCUGGUUUCCGAACAACUUCGCUACUCGAUUCCCGAAGAAGUGGAACGUGGAACAUAUGUUGGCAACGCCGCUGAAGAUCUAGGAUUAAAGGUUUGGGAAUUAUCAAGUCGCAAAUUUCUUCUGAUUUCUGAUUACUCGAAACAAUACAUGGAGAUAAAUGUAGAAAAUGGUUUCUUGUUCGUUAAUGAAGGCAUCGACAGAGAACAGCUUUGUAGCAAAACCGCUGCAUGUUCUCUCUCUUUCCAAAUCACGCUCGAUAAUCCUUUGGAAAUGUAUUCCGUUGAAGUGGAGAUACUAGACGUAAAUGAUAAUUCACCCGUCUUUUCCAGGAAGGAAUUCUAUUUGCAAAUCAAUGAGUUAAAUGCACCGGGCGCUCGCUUCCCUCUCGAGAGCGCGCGUGAUCUGGACGUGGGUACAAAUACAAUCAACACAUACCAGAUCAGUCCGAACGAGCACUUCAUUAUUAAAGUGCAGACAAGAAGAGGAGGCAGUAAACGUGCCGAACUGGUAUUAAAGAGGCCUUUGGACCGUGAACAACAGUCAAUGUUUACUCUGGUAUUGACAGCCAUUGAUGGUGGGAUUCCGCAGAGAUCUGGCACAGCGCGGAUCAUCAUUAAUGUCAUGGACGCAAAUGAUAAUGCCCCCGUAUUCGAUCAUGAAACCUACAGGACGUCAACGUUAGAAAACACUGUGAAUGGCUCUUUGGUGCUAAGAGUUCAUGCUACUGAUAUUGAUGAAGGGACAAACGCGGAGGUAACAUAUUCUUUCACCCAUGAUGUUUCCCAGAAUAUUCGUGAUUUGUUCAAAUUGGAUCCUGUGUCUGGAGAAAUCAGAGUUCGAGGUGUACUAGAUUUUGAAGAAACAAAUGUUUAUGAAUUUGACGUCCAAGCAAUGAACUCCGCUCCACCUGAAUUGUCAACUCUUGCAAAUGUCGUCAUCGAUGUUGUUGACACGAACGAUAAUCGUCCUGUUUUGCAAGUUACGAUGGUGUCCAGUGCUUUGCGAGAAGAUACUUCUUCGGGAAUUAGUAUAGCACUGAUCAGCGUCACGGAUCGCGAUUCUGGCGAAUAUGGGGAAGUUCAUUGUCAGAUCCCAGAGAAUAUUCCCUUCAAGAUUGAAAAAUCUUUGAAGGGCAACUACAAGUUGAUUACCAAUGGCUUUCUGGAUCAUGAGAUUACUCCACUGUACAACAUCUCCAUUUCAGCCUGGGACGGUGGAUUUCCUCCUCUUUCAACAAGUACAUUAAUUGUGGUUUCAGUAAUUGAUGUCAAUGAUAAUUCACCAAGUUUUACACAGUCGUCAUAUAACGUGUAUCUGAUGGAGAAUAACGCACCCGGUGCUUCUAUAUUUGCUGUUAGUGCAAAUGAUGCUGAUUUGAAUCAGAAUGCGGAAAUCUCUUAUUCCAUUGUCGACAAUCGACAGCAAGAAGAAAUACCUUCCUCUGCGUACUUUACAAUGAACUCCAAAAAUGGGAACAUUUACGCGUUGCGAUCCUUCGACUACGAGCGACAGAAACAUUUCCAGGUGAAAGUUCAAGCUCAGGAUGCUGGGUCUCCUCCAUUGAGCAGCACUGCCUUCGUGAACGUUAUUAUUUUGGAUCAAAAUGACAAUGCACCCAUUAUUGUUUCACCUCGAACAUGGAACAGCUCAGCAACAGUGGAGGUAAUACCCCAUUCAACACAUCCAGGAUAUCUAGUCACGAAGGUAAUUGCCACGGAUGAAGACUCUGGUCAGAACGCAAGGCUUUCCUACGAGUUAUUGGAAGCCACUGAUCCUAGUCUCUUUACUGUUGGACAUCUCUCUGGAGAAAUUAGAGCAACGCGAGCAUUUAGUGAUCAAGAUAUCUUUGUCGUGCGCGUAGUCCUCUGCGUGAAGGACAAUGGGCAGCCGAGCCUUUCCAGCAGCGCCACAAUAUCCUUUAUCGUAAUGUCCAAUGUCACUGAGAAAUCAUUUGAACGACGUGAUGAACCCAGACACUCGGAUUUUUUUUCAGGUAUAAAUAGUUAUCUAAUCAUAAUUUUCGGAUCCACUUCCUUUUUGUUUCUCAUAAUAAUAUUAUUUUUGCUCACCCUGAAGUGCAGACAAGAUAGAAAUACUGCUGAAAUUUAUAGCUCUUCAGUCUGUUGUUGUAAUGGGAGAAAUUCGACUGAUGGCUUUAAUCGGACACCAACAGGAAGGGAUCCUUUGAAUUAUACCGGGGCAGUUCAGACCGGAAGUUAUCAUUACAGUGUGUGCUUGUCACCGGAAUCAUCGAAGAGUGACUUUCUGUUUUUAAAACCUUGUCAUCCUACGUUGCCUUUCAACGAUCGGAGUGUUCGUGACAGCAACGCAAUAAACUAACUACGACAACAAACUAUUCUUUCUGUGGCAGUUUGUAUUUCUCUUCUCUUUGAAGACCGGAUGGCACCUUCAUAUCAACGCAUUGCAGGAAAGAAGACAUUAAUUUUGGACUUGAGAGUGCUCUGUGAAACAGUGAUUAGAGAACAAGAUGUUAUUUUUUGCAAUCAUAUGCGUUAAGGUGUCAACUGUGGUUAAUUUCACAGGAUUCUUACCAGAUUAUCCCACCAUCGUCUCUCCGUUGUGCGCAACACGCUCGACGCUUUGUAUGGCUGUUUAACAUUUGAUGUGGGCUCACAGCAUAUCCUGCGAUAGUUUACAAUUACUCACCUUCAAAUGUUCGAGGGAUGUUUGCGCCAGCCUAUAAUUUAGAAGAUUCAAAUCAGAAUUCAAAUCUUCUAAACGUAAAAUGCAAGCUGCAUGUCGCGUAUCCUUCAAACGGCAAGCAAUACUGUCCGUGAUGUUCAACUCUUGAUAACAAAGACAUCUGGCACAAGUUAAAAAGGAAAUCCUGUUACUGAUCUCAUGUAUAUCAAUCAGUUCCUCUGCCACUAUUUCAAAGAAUAGGGGAGUGUCCUUGUCAUUGUUCAUCACGACAUCAAUAAAAUUGAUUAAUUAUCCCUUGCCACGUAGCAUUUUGUAGGAAUGUAGAAUCAGAGAACCGUAUUACAGAAGAGGCCAUUCAACCAUCGAGUUUAUCCCGCCAAAAAUACACUAAAUCUACACUCGCCCCACUUUCCCUUUGAAUGUUAUGAUGCUUCAAAUGUUCAUCCAAGUACUUUUAAAUGUGAGAUUACCGUCAAAAGUUAACCUUGCAAGCAAUUGAUGUCAAAGUUCGUCACACCACCAUGAUAUUUUCAUUUGAAAGGUUCGGCCUGAGUCAAGAAGCUCUUUUAGGGAUCCUGAAUCAGAGAAAUGUAUUGUGAAAUCACAAUUUCUUCUCUGCUUUAACCACUGUUUUAUGUUAUCAAUUGGUUAAUGCUUUGGACGUUAUUAGUAUUUUCUGGCUAUGUUCACUUAUUAGUAAAAUAGUUUGGAAAUUAACAUUGAGAAGGGGAAUAGUUCAUGUCCGCACCACAAGAAGCAUUAUUUUAGAGUUUACAACCACAGUGUCCCUUAUCUGCAAUGCAG